AUGGGCAACAAUCACAGUGCCAACAAAAGCAAAGCGAUCGAUAAGCAAAUCAAACGAGAUCAGAAACGGCUCAAUCGCGAAGUCAAGAUUCUAUUGCUCGGUGCCGGCGAUUCGGGCAAAUCCACAGUACUAAAACAAAUGCGCCUAAUCCACGCAUCCGGAUUUUCAGCAGCUGAACGAGAAGCCUUUCGUAUGGUGAUUUUCGGCAAUAUCGUAGCAGCUAUGCAAUCGCUGCUCGAGUCGAUGACUGAAAUGCAAUUAACGCUUCAAAACCAAGCCAACUGGCCAUACAUUUCACUCUUUGAAAACCUACCCAUCCUAAGACAAGGCAUGCCAUAUCCCCAGGAAUAUUUACAACCAUUGAAAUCUUUAUGGGCGGAUGAGGGUAUCCAGGAUACGUUUAGACGUGGCAACACAUUUGCGCUUUCGGAUAAUGUACAAUUCUUUUACGACCACAUUGAUCGCGUCUUCAGGCCCGACUAUAGCCCGACAGAUCAAGACAUCAUUCAAUGUCGCAUAAAAACCACAGGUAUUGUCGAGACGACCUUUCGAAAUGGCCCCAUCAUUUAUCGCAUGUGUGACGUGGGUGGUCAACGAAGUGAACGCAAAAAAUGGAUACAUUGCUUUGAGAACGUGGCAUCCGUAUUGUUUGUGGUAGCUGUUAGUGGAUACGAUUGCUGUUUAGUGGAGGAUCGUGAUUCUAUGUACGAAGCCCUCAUGCUAUUUGACCAGAUAUGCAAUUCGCAAUGGUUUACCAACACAUCCAUGAUCCUGUUUUUAAACAAGGUUGAUAUUUUCAAAAAGAAGAUUCGUCGCUCACCUAUCAAGCAUUAUUUUCCUGAUUACUCAGGUCCGUCAAAGAGUUACGAGCAUGCCAUUGACUAUUUCCGUAAAAGGUUCGAGCUGCUUAAUCGAAAUACCAAGAAGCAAAUCUACGUGCAUUACACAGUGGCCACUGAUACCCAGCUCUUGGGCCAUGUGAUGAACUCUGUAUCUGACAGCAUUCUCCAUGAAAACGUUCAAACACUUUUAUUAUAG